AUGUCCGAUCCGCUGUCGGUUCGUUCACUCCGCAAUCUUGUUUCCGAGACGCGAAAUCCGCGCACGACGGAUGUCGACCUGCUGCCGGUUCCUGAAGUGGUUGGCCGGAUCAAUGCAGAAGACAAGAUGGUUGCGUCUGCCGUCGAGGCGGAACUGCCGGUCAUCGCAACGGCGGUCGAAGUCAUAGCCGAUGCGUUUCGCGCCGGAGGACGUUUGAUCUAUAUCGGCGCGGGAACGUCCGGCCGCCUGGGCGUUCUUGAUGCUUCCGAAUGUCCGCCGACUUUCUCGGUGCCGCCGUCGAUGGUCAUUGGCAUUAUCGCCGGAGGUGACCGGGCGUUGCGCCAUGCCGUUGAAGGGGCCGAGGACAGCGAGGCCCAGGGAGCGGAUGAUUUGGCGGCCGUGUCCUUGACCGAACUGGAUGUGGUUGUCGGUAUCGCCGUUUCGGGCCGGACACCCUAUGUGAUCGGCGCUCUCGACUAUGCCUCGGAAGUGGGCGCGCGCACCAUGGCGCUCACCUGCAAUCCCAAUUCCCUCUUGUCACGCCAUGCCGAGAUUUCCAUUGCACCGGUCGUUGGUCCUGAAGUCGUCACGGGCUCGACCCGGCUCAAGUCAGGUACGGCUCAGAAGAUGGUGCUGAACAUGCUGACCACCGCGGCAAUGAUCCGCCUUGGCAAGACUUACCAGAAUUUGAUGGUUGAUCUGUCGAUCUCAAAUUCCAAGCUGCAGACACGUGCCGUCGGUAUCCUGUCGGAAAUAACAGGCGUUGAGCCGGAAGAGGCCACUGUUCUUCUUGCCGAGGCUGGCAAUGACGUCAAGCUGGCAAUCUGCAUGAAACUCACGGGACUCAACCGGGAUGCCGCCAGUGAGGUUCUCGCGGAAAACGGUGGUGUACUGAGGAAAGCAAUAGACAAGACGCGGGGAACAAUCUGCGCAAGACUGACGGACUAG